CUGUGCCUCAGUUUCCCAUAUGUAAAAUGGGGACAAUACGUUCCUACCUCACGGGGGUGUUGUGAGACUAAAUACAUUAAAGAUUGUGAGGCCCUUGGAUCCCACAGUAAUGUAGAUAGAUAGACCUUUUACACCUAUGCAGUCUUCAUAUCUGUGUAGGAGACUGCCUGCGUAGACCAGACUGCAGGACUUGGAGACAUGUUCUGCCGCUUGUGGUACUGAGUGUUGAUAGAUGUCUUAUGUAAGUAUUUGCAUAGGCUCUUUAUACUGAGAAGGAAGUUGUAGAUACAAAGGAAAAUUUCCUGAUGGCAGAACCUCAAUGAAAGGGGCUAAUUAUCAUUAGGAAAAAAAAAAAACCCCAAACCACUCUUCCCUUUAUAUCUUUUGUAGAAUGUUGAAGAUAAUGGCAGAGUUUCAAAAAAUUAAGUCUUGUGACAAGUGAAGGAGUCGCCUCUCAGAAAACCUACCAAUCGUGCUGGUGUGAAUGUUCCAGCUGGCUUCUAACAGGCGUUACUACUGGCUGGAAAUGGGUUCUUAUUGGCUGGCGCGAUUGAUCAAGAGGACAGCAUGGCCGCCACUGCAGCAGUGAGUCCGAGUGAAUACCUGCAGCCUGCUGCCUCCACAGCACAGGACUCUCAGCCCUCUCCACUAGCCCUGCUUGCAGCGACAUGUAGCAAAAUCGGUCCUCCUGCCGUGGAAGCCGCCGUCACUCCUCCGGCCCCGCCUCAGCCCACACCUCGAAAACUUGUCCCCAUCAAACCCGCACCAGUUCCUCUGGGUUCCAGUAAAAACAGCUUUGGGAUCUUGUCGUCAAAAGGGAACCUCUUUCAGAUCCAGGGGUCUCAGCUUGGGACAUCCUAUCCCGGGGGGCAGCUGGUCUUUGCCAUUCAGAAUCCAACCAUGAUCAACAAAGGGGCCCGCUCGUCUACGAACAUCCAGUACCAGACUGUCCCACAGAUUCAAGCAGCAGGGGGGCAGACCAUACAAGUUCAGCAGAACCUUGCCAACCAGAUUCAGAUUAUUCCCGGCACUAACCAAGCGAUCAUUACCCCCUCCUCUUCCACACACAAGCCUGUGCCAAUCAAGCCGGCUCCUGCGCACAAGGCCGGGGCAUCAUCUGUGCAGAGUGCAAGCAACGUCGUCAAGCUGAGUGGCGGCAGCAACGUAACGCUCACCCUGCCGGUUAAUAACCUGGUGAAUGCCGCUGAGCCUGGCGCUCAGGCUCAGAUCAUAACCGAGAGCCCGUCAAAGCCCUGUAAAAAGACUAGAAAGAAAGCCAUGUCACCAGCCCAGACGACAGCCAUGGCGGUGGCCGAGCAAGUAGAAACGGUGUUGAUAGAGACUACAGCAGAUAACAUCAUCCAGGCAGGAAAUAACCUGCUGAUAGUGCAGAGUCCUGGCUCAGGCCAGCCAGCGGUGGUGCAGCAGGUCCAAGUGGUCCAACCCAAGCAAGAGCAGCAGGUGGUACAGAUUCCCCAGCAGGCCCUGAGAGUGGUCCAGGCGGCCUCUGCUACGCUCCCUACCGUCCCCCAGAAGUCCUCUCAAAACUUUCAGAUCCAGGCAGCUGAGCCAACUCCUACCCAGGUCUACUUCAAAACCCCUUCAGGGGAGCUGCAGACUGUGCUGCUUCAGGAAGCCCCGGCUGUGACGGUGGCCCCUUCUCCCACCUCGUGCAGCAGCCCCGUGUCCCGCAGCUCCCAAGCAGGAGGAAGCUGCAAAAAGCCAGCUGCACGCAAAGAGCGCACCCUGCCAAAGAUCGCCCCUGCCGGAGGCAUUAUCAGCUUGAACGCGGCCCAGCUUGCAGCUGCGGCCCAGGCGAUGCAGACCAUCAACAUUAACGGUGUCCAAGUCCAAGGAGUACCUGUCACCAUCACCAACACCGGAGGCCAGCAGCAGCUGACGGUCCAAAACGUGUCUGGCAACAAUCUGACCAUCAGCGGCCUGAGCCCCACCCAGAUCCAGCUGCAGAUGGAGCAGGCACUGUCCGGGGAGAUCCAGCCUGGCGAGAAGAGGCGGCGCAUGGCGUGCACCUGCCCCAACUGCAAGGACGGGGAGAAAAGGUCAGGGGAACAGGGGAAGAAGAAGCACAUCUGCCACAUCCCUGAGUGCGGCAAGACUUUCCGCAAGACCUCGCUGCUGCGGGCCCACGUCCGCCUGCACACGGGCGAGCGCCCGUUUGUCUGCAACUGGGUCUUCUGCGGGAAGAGGUUCACGCGCAGCGACGAGCUGCAGCGGCACGCCCGGACGCACACAGGUGAUAAGCGUUUUGAGUGUGCGCAAUGCCAAAAGCGCUUCAUGAGAAGUGACCACCUGACGAAGCACUAUAAAACCCACCUGGUCACCAAGAACUUGUAGGAUUAGCGGCAGCCAGACAGGGACCGCCAGCUGGCCCUCUAAGCAUCGGCUAAGCCCUGCACUGUCAUGGACAGUCCCCGGCAAGGGUACGGCGUAGGGGUUGGGCAACCAGCCAGCCUGGUAAUCCGCAGCCGUAGUCGCACUCCUGGCUUUGAUACCCUCCCAGAGGUGUCUGCGUGGGGAGAGGAGUCAUUGCUGAGCUUCCUUCCUUAGAAGCCAUCCACCUUCCAGCCCAAUCCUUGGGAAUCCAGCUCCUUCCUCCGCAGAACACGUCAGAGCUGGACGUUGAUCGCACGGGCCGGGACGAAGGAGAAGCUCUUAUUUCCAAAGGAAAAUGCUGACAUAGGUGCGAGUGGCAGCCCCUCCUCGCUGCGCUGCAGGCUGGGGGGACUGAACAAGCAGGGCCAUGUGUAAACGGCACAAGGAUGCCAGCGAAACUUUCUCACGGUGGGCCCCCUCCUCCUCCCCGCGCUUGUGAAGCUUUGACACAGCAGGGGGCAGCACUCCACAGACAGCCCACCCGGUGCUGUGCGGCACAUUCCUACUUUAUAUUUAAAAUCUAUAAAUAUCUAUAAAUAUCUCUCUAUAUAAACUCCUUUGGAAGGUCCUUUUUUUCUAUGGAAAUUGUUGCCUUACGCUCCCAGCUCCCGAGUAUGAACACUGUGUAUUGUGAGUGCUUUUUUUUUUUAUUUAAUUGUGCCUGGUUAAUAAUCUCCCCUCCCAAUCCUUUUCCCUCUAAAGUUCUUUUCUUUUCCAAUAAUGAAGAGGGUUUUUUUCUCUCCACUGAUUUAUUUUUCCUUUUCAUUUCCCAGUGACAUGGCGUUUCCUUUCGAAUCUUGGAUCUUUAAAUCCUCUUUUGCCCAUAAUGCCCCCCCACACACACCUCCCCGCAGCCCAUCACUGUGUAUAGUGUAUAUUGUAUCAUAGACUAUAUUGCUUCCAUGUUUACUACAUGUUUCAAAAACAUAUAUGGCUUGUUAUUUUUGAGCUUUUAAAUUAAAAAAAAAAAUCCACUUUAUUUUUUAGGUGUAACUGCUUGAGGUAUGUUUUAUGAAUUAAGUGACAGAUCUGUUGUUCUUUAUUAACGAUGUAACUGGCUGGCUGGUGCAGAGUCAGCCAAGAGUUUUUUCUUGCUAAAUAAAUUUAGUCGCCAGAGGCAAACUCAG